AAAUAACAAAAUCAAAAUUAAAAAUAAAGUAAUAAAUAAAAAUAUGGUGUCUACAGUAACUGCUUGGAAGUUCCUUAGGGUACCAAGGUUAACCAGUACGCCCGCGCAGCAGUGCCGACGUCCUUAUCCAUCUUUUCUGUUUGUCACCAUUUUUCUCGACCGUUUGGAGACUGAUUCAAUCACAAAAUGACAAUGAAAGCCUUGUUCCUUUGAUAAUUUAAGCCGGCCAUUACCCUUUCUUUUUAUCAUCAUACGCUGUUAAGUUAAACUAUAGUUAUUUGGACAAUGUAUGUCUACCCUUUUCAAAAUCAGCGUAUAAAUUCAUAUGGGAAAUGGCAUUAAACAAUUCCAUUUGUAUCCAGAACCUUUCCCAUCACUAAAAGACAUAAGCUGCUAUGCACCUCAUAGCCAUUUGCCUUGUGUACAUCCGGAGUCCCAGUAAUUCCCAUACUGUCUCUACGUGCCUCUCAUAUAAAUUUUCAACUACAGUAUAGCUUUAUAUCAAUGCUCUUUGCUGCAAAUUCUAUAACAUUGUCUGUCUUGUCUAAUUCAUUACUACAACUCCCAUAUUCUCUCUUGGUUUUCGUGGAUUGGUAGUAUACCACCAGAUUCCAAGUUCACCUGCAGAGAACAUUCCUUCGAAGCAAAAGGCAGACACAACAGAGUAGGUCUCCCUGGUUAAAGCAUGUUUAUAUAAGAUCAAUCGUCCGUACCCUCUGUUCCUUUAAUGGUAUAUCUCACCUUUAGUCCGUCCUUCAAUGACUGUGGCUCAGGUUCACAUGGGUAAGGCUGCUGUAGAUUUAUCUAUGAGGCUGAAACAUGAAUCAUUUUCCUCCAUUGUGUAUCUCUUUCUUUUGUUUGCCACCCUAGAUUUUGUGUUUUCUCAGACUUCAGUAAGUAAUUGCAUUCUUGACAUUAAAAACUCUUCCUCCACAAAAGAAUCAAAUUGUGAAUUGGGCAACUGGGGUGGUUUCAUCAACGACAGUUGUUGUGGAGGAGCCUUCGAAGAGUACCUUUAUGCACUGGGGCGGCAGGCAAACCUUACGAAAGCCAUUUACUUAAAUUCCACAGAACAAAACAACUGCUUAACAGUAAUGGAAAGAUUUGAGAAAGGUAUAUUUGGCUGUGGUAUUCAGAAGCUAACAAGUGGUGCCAGUGGCUGUUCUGAUUAUACUGUCACGGAUGUUGUUGAUAAGCUAGGAGCUAGAUUAAAAAAUUUACAAGAAGACUGUAAGAUCUUAGGCACAGAUGGCAGACUGGAUCAAUCCUGCGGCACAUGUUUGAGAAGAUGGGAAGAGAUUGGUGGAUCAUCAGACUACAAACAGGAGUCUGCUGAUGUGUGUAGAUUUGCAGUACUGGUGUCCAUGAUAAGCAACAGAAUUGAUGAGAACUGGGUCUAUGCAGUAUUUCAAUGCCUCAGAGAGCGGGCUUUUUCCCUAGGUAGUGCACAAUUUAACUGCCAGAUACUUCUCAAUCCCAUAUCUUUUCUUUCUUUUUUUCAAUUCUUCAAUGUAAUUUGCAAUAACAUGGACACAUUAUAACCAUGCAUAUGACUGCUUCAUGAUUCAGUUCUUGUUGUGACUGGAUAACUUCUUCUUUCUACCUUGCAGACGAACAUGGAGGCAGAGAUGGCCUAGGUAUCGACAAGGCAGGUAGUCUCUUCAACAACAAUCAUCACCACUCCAUCUGAGUUCCAAUUCUUGAUGUCUUAAAUAUGUACAAUUUUAUUAUUCAUUGACACAUUUAUAAUUUAAUUCAUCAUAAUAG